AUGUAUGGAACUGCCUCACUGUUGAUCACAGUCUGGUCUCUCCCUGCAGGUGGAAAGCUCCUUCAGCUGCUGUAUCUAGAGAUUUAUGCCGUCAGCAUUGAGAGCCUCAAUCAGGUGGUGAUUGAAGCGGACAGACAGACCUACUCUCUCAGUACGACGUCUGUUGAGGACAUCAAGGCUAUGGUCAGUCAUGUGACAGCUUCUCUGAAGAAGAUCAUCCCUGAUUCAUCUCCAGGGAAGAUCUUGAAGAAAAUCCCUCCAGAUCUGCAGGAGCGGAUGUGGAACCUGGCAACCCAGGUGGAGGAGCAGCUGACUGGAACACUGGGACCAUGUGGAGGCUUUUCAGAGACAAAUGCUGCUCUAUGUGACUUCAAUGAGUUCCCCUGCAGGGAGGUCCAAUAGGAUGUUGACAACAUUUACUAUGCCCAGAAUUGUUGGAAUCUCUCCUUAAAGCAAUGGUUCACCAAGAUCUCCAACAAAGACCUCAAACUGAGCUCAGAAGUCCAGGAGCAGGUUCUCUUCAUGAUCAACAGAUCCUCAACCCUGGAGGAGGUGUGUCUGGAAGGAGGUGGGCUCAAACUCCCUUCCUCUUGUUGGAAUGUUGCAUUGAAGAUGGGCUGUGGCCUGCGAGAUCAUACCUGCUCCGCCAUCCACACCAUCAACCUGUCAGCCAAUUAUAUAGAGGACAAAGGUGAGCCUUUUCCUAUCAUAAAUAACUUUUGGGGUUUGUCAAUGUCCAUUGCUGAGGUUCCCAAUUCCAACUUGCCUGGACUGGCUAGUGACUACUCAUCUGCGUUACCUGUGUUGCCUGUCGUCGGGUGUGAAAGCUCUCAGUCAGGAACCGGAGAAUCCAAUGGUCUCACCCAGCUGUCCGUCUCCAGGAUUGUUGUCUCUCCUAAACUCUUCUGUCUGCGUCACCCUUUUUGUUCAUUUUCCAUAAAGAAACUAUGUCUUUGGUUGGCUAAUCUGACUCAGGGGUUCUCUCAGAACAAGGCCUUCUCCAGCUCUCUGUGUCACCUGGACCUGUCAGGGAAUACAGGCAGUCUGGCUACAGAGGAAGCUGUAGCUUCUGCUCCAACCUGGCUCACCUCAACCUGUCCAGGGACCCCUUCUCCCCCUAGCUGUUUGUAUCUGUCAGGCUUCUGCUCCAACCUGGCUCACCUCAACCUGUCCAGGGACCCCUUCUCACACAGAUUGUUGUUGCAGGGCCUGGCCGGAAUAUUAUGUGUCCAGCUGAGGUCUGCUGGGGCCCAGGUGAUUCAGGAGCACAUCUUUGAAGCCAAGGCCAUCAAGAGUCUGGACCUCUCUGACAAUGGUUUUGAGAGUGACAUGGUAACCAUGGUGCUGUCCAUCGGACGCAGGCACUCCAUCCGCGAUCCGGCUUUGGGACUCAACUUUGCCAUGAAGUCGAGAGCUCUAAUAACAAACGACCUACAGCGUAUCGUCCAGCUCAUGCAGGAGGAAUGUAUCCAGGCCUGUCUUCUCAAGAACAACCAGACACGGUCAGGAGGCCCAGAUACUAAACCUGCAACAGGGCCUGAAAACUGUAUGCUCUCUGAACAUGUGGGUCUGGCUCGGUCAUUAGCCGGCCCAGGCCUUGCUGCAGGCAGCCCAGACUCUCUGUCCCAGGGUCACACACAGGUCAAGCUGGCUGACUAUGUGGCUAAGAUGUCCAGACAGAAAGACCUCUUCAUCUGGGACACCCUCAUACAGCACACAGGAGAGCUCAGUAUCAUUGAUGAGGUUCUGCAGGACUUGUUUGUGGCUCAGCGGCAAUUGUUAGUUGUCCUGUUUUUACAUGCAUUCUAUCACACACCCUGUGCCAGUGUACGUUGGUACCAUUCCCUCUCUCUCGUCUUUCUCCCCCUCUCUCUGUCUCUCUCUGCAGGUCUGCUAGAUGUAGACACGGAGCAGCAGGCGAAAGAGAGCAUUUAUUAUCAGCAGGAAGUAGGAGGGGAGGUCUCAGGGGUAGGAGGGAGUGGGUGGGCGCUCUCGUCGACAACGUUAUUGUCAGUCACAGUGGCAGGCCAGCUGAAACCUGAAGGCCCCUCCCUCACAGGGAGGGAGGCGGAUGCUGCCGCUGCUCUUGCUGCUGCCGCGGCACUUAGCGACAGUGAUUCCCGGCGCCCUGAGCCUGCACCUCCUCAGCCCCCUAUGGACCUGCCCAUCGAAGGCCACACACUGAGGCACUACACCCGCUCCAGGCCCAGACCCAACCGCCGGAACAGCAAGCCGCCCAGCAAGCCCCAGGAGCAGGCAGCUGAGCGUGAAGAGAAUGAAGCCAAUGAGACCAUGGGCAGGGUGGAUGAGGGAGUAGAGGAGUUCUUCACUAAGAAGAUCAUCCAUGAUGACCCGCUAAAAGCGCAGAGGGAGGAGGUCCCUUACAAAGCACAACCCACAGCGUCGACCUCCACCCCCCCUGCCCCUCCCAGCACGUCUGCCCUGGCCCCGCCCUCCUCUAUCACCUCCUCCUCCUCCUCCACCGUAACAACCUCCAACACUACUACCACAACCACCACCCCUUCCACCGCCCCCUCCAAAAACAUCAAGAAGAAGUUUGGGGACUUCUUCGCCUUCAAGAAAGUCCGUGCUGGCCGGGGGGCAAAGGGCGAGGGUGGGCCGGAGGGCAAGGUCAAAAAGACCUCCAUCGCAGAUCUAAUCAGACCGCUCAGGGAGGCAAAAGAGAGGGAGAGAGAGAAAGAGCGGGAGAGAGAAAAGGGGAAGUUAGAAGAAGAGAGUGGUACUAAGGCGACCGGUGUUAAUGAUUCUGAUGCUACCAAAACAGUAAGAGCAGCAGAGGACAACACCAUGGCCCCCGCCGCACCCUCUGAUGUCCCCAGCAUUCCCACAACCCUGCCCACCAGUGCCCCCGUCCAGGAGGAGGUGACAUCUGUGUCCCCCAGUGCUCUGACCCCAAGCCCCAUCAUCAGCCCUGUCGGCGGGUUCCUGGUGGAGAGGGAGAAGAGCCGGACCCUGGAAAAGAGCAAGACCCCAGAUGGAGAGAGGAGGCUGAAGGCCACACGGCGCUCGCUCAGGGAGGGCAAGUCCCAGUCCCUCAUCCUGCUGACAGGCCUGGAGGAUGGCGCUGCCGCACACGGAAAGAAACACGCAUCUGAAUGCACAUCCAGCUUUGAACAGCGCCUCCACGUCAUGCUCCACCGCAUGGGGGUGGCCAAGACACCUCCUGCAGACACAAAGACCAGCCAGAACAAAGAAGAGGAGCUGAGGAAAACCAACUCCGAAGGUGCAAUUCUUGACAAAAAACCUGAACCACCACCCACGUCCAUGAAGCCUCGCACUAUGUCCACAUCAGCUUCAGACACCAGGCGGCCAAUCAGAGCAGGCGUGGAGGCUCUCAGAACAGACAAGCCCCUCCUCCCAGGACGUCCCAUCGGCCCCCUCCCUCCCAAACCCACAGUGGCAGCCAAACCCCCUCUCCCAGCCCCCCAGCAGCACCCUGCUGCCGCUAGGACAUCCCCGGGGUUCCUACGGCAGCCCAACACAGCCACGGAGACCCAGACCCAGCCAGCAGAGCCAGAGCUGUCCCAGAGCCAGAGUGAGCCGCCCAGUCCUUCCUCCCGCAAGGAGACUCCCCCUGCCCCAUCGCCACACAGGGACCCCAGCUCUCUGGAGAGCAGGGAGCGCACUGAGAGAGCACAAUCAGUCACUGAAGAAAGCCUUCCUAAACCCCAGACCCGCAUGAAGCCCUCUCCCCAGCGGAGAGCUGUGUCCGUCUACGAGGACUCGCUCCUCCAGGAACAUGCUGCUCUGCUGGACCCCGAAGAGCUGAAGGCAGCGUUGCCAUGGUUGCAGAAGUCACCAGUCCAGAAACGGACCAACCUGGGGGAGCUCCCUACCUGUAGUGAGAUCCAGCUAGAGGGAGAGGAGGCAGGUGAAGCAGGGAAAGAGAGGACUGGAGAGGGUGAGGGGACAGACAGCCGGCCGGUAACAGAAGACAAGCCAGGGCCAAGCCCAGUGGGGGCCAGUCAGGUAGAGGGAAAGAGCACAGCAGAGAAGAGGGGUGAGAUGGUCUCACAGCAGCACACAGCGCAGGCAGAAACAUCAGACCAAAGAACUGAACCCCCCUUAAUGGAGAAACACAUGGACUGACCUGCGCAGAGUCUAUUUUCUAUCAUGUCUACCUUUGCCUUGCACGCCAGAUUAUGUAAAAAAAUAAACAAAUUAUGAACAAAAUGUUUUAAAGAGCGUAAAUCCAUACCUAUACUUGUUAAUAAUUAUUAAAAAGUAGAUUCUGAAGUGUCA